UAUUUAUGUAACGUAAUGGUGUUACACAGUAACCCCGCUCUGUGGCAGCGCGCACGUCCUUACGCCACUUGAAAUCGGACACAGGCUUUCUUAAUUUUUUUUUUUUAAUGGAGCGAAUAUCAACGUGCACAUUUUGCGCACCGGAGUCUGGAGCGGAACACCGGGCUGCAAGCUGACUUUUCUUCUUCUUCUUCUUCUUUUCUUCCUGCCUUUUCAUUUGUUCACCCCGCGUGAAGGGGGGGCAUAGGUGUUAUGUGUCCCGAACCAAAGACCGAGUCGGACACUGGACGUGGAUAAUGCCAUUUUUUUCUACGAAGGGGACAUUUGUGAGCGCCUAAAUUAGGUUCAUCCGAGCCGGACACGAGCCGGUCGGGUUCGGAGCAGAUGUGGAUCACUGACACCACUGUCCCUGCUACUGCUGCUGCUGCUGCCGCUCCAACACGGAACAGCUCGUGCGUCCGCGUUGCCCCGAAGGGAAUAAAGUGCGGGGGGUUGUUUUCUCUCUCUCUCUCUCCUCCUCCUCGCUUGGGGCCCAUCGUCGCGGUGACAUAACGCGUCCCGGCCAUGGAGCUGCUGGAGUGUCCGCUCUGCCUCUUCCUGAUGUGCGAGCCGGUGACGGUGUCGUGCGGCCACUCGUUCUGCCGGCGGUGCGUCGGCGGCUACCUGCCGUCCAAGUGCCCGGCGUGCAAAGCGCGCCUGAGGCAGCGCGAGGUGCGGGGCUCGAAGAACAACGUGCUGCUCAUCAGCGUCGUGGAGAAGUGCUGCCCCGACGAGGCGCGGACCAAGUGCGGCAUCCUGGACAAGCUCAAAGCCAACGCGUUCGCCGAGGCUUUACGCAUCGCCGACGAGGGGCUGGACACGGUUCCAGACGACCAGAGUUUGAAGUUAUACAGAGCAGAAGCCAACUGGGGCCUGAUGCGUUUCUCUGAAGCUCUGACAGACCUCGACUACCUCUGCUGCCUUCGUCCCAACUGGACUGAGGGCUUCUUUCGAAAAGGGAACGUACUGCUGGAGAUGGGGCAGCAGACAGAAGCCCUCGUCCAGUUCCACCAUUGCCUAAAACUUCAAGCUGACUUUGUUCUGGCAAAGAGCCAAAUCAAGAAGAUCCUGGAGGCGGAGGGCAUGGCAGUGCCGGAGGAGGGGUCCUGCAUCCUGCAGGUGUUAUCGGAGUACCUGAAAGAGCCCUGCCCCAUCACCAGCCUGGGUGGCUCGCAGGGGCCGACGCAGCCCGAGGACUUCAAGCAUCCACUCGGAGAAGAGGGAGAGGGUAAAGAGAGGAGAGAGGCACACCAGACGAAACUGGAGACGGGUACCGAGUGCUGCCUCAGCCUCUGCCAAGCGGUUUCCUUCCUCCCUGCGGCCGAGGGGGACGAGGAGACGAUGAGGAAAGAAAAACCACUUGCCCGACGGGAAAGCCGUAACCACAGGGAGAAAACUCUGGGUGUUCUCACCGUGUCUGACUUUGAGUGCCCUCUCUGCAUUAGGUUGUUUUUUGAGCCAGUCACAACUCCCUGUGGUCACACCUUUUGUAAAAACUGCAUAGAGAGGAGUCUGGACCACAACCUCCGCUGUCCGCUCUGCAAACAGCCACUGCAAGAGUACUUAAAAAACAGGAAGUACAACCCCACAGUUGUGCUCCAGGACAUCAUGACCCACCUGUUCCCCUCGCAGUUGGCUGAGAGGAAACAGGUGCACGAUGCUGAGAUGGCUGAACUGUCCAAUCUUACCAAGGACAUCCCUAUAUUUGUUUGCACCGUGGCCUACCCCGGGGUUCCCUGCCCCCUGCACAUCUUUGAGCCUCGAUAUCGGCUGAUGAUGCGUCGCUGCAUGGAGACCGGCACCAAGAAAUUUGGCAUGUGCAGCUACGAGCACGGCAAAGGGUUUGCGGACUACGGCUGUAUUCUGGAGAUCCUCAGCCUUGAGCUGCUGGCCGACGGACGCUCCUUUGUGGACACCGUGGGCGGCAGCAGAUUCAAGGUGCUGAAGAGGGGUCAGCGGGACGGCUACCACACCGCUGACAUAGAGUACCUGGAAGACCUGGAGGCGGAUGGCAGUGAGUUGGAGCUUUUGCAGCUGCUCCAUGACAGUGUUUACCAGCAGGCUCAGGACUGGUACGAGCGUCUGGGCGACCGCAUUCGCGAGCAGAUCAACAGACAGUACGGCACCAUGCCAGAUAAGGAGGAGAACAUUCAGGCCUUGUCCAAUGGUCCGGCCUGGUGCUGGUGGCUGCUGUCUGUCCUGCAGCUGGACCCUGCCUAUCAGACCACUGUCCUGUCCCUGACCUCGCUCAAAGACCGCCUGGGACACCUCCGCCUUGUCCUCGAGUACUUCUCUCAGAGCUAGAUGCCACAGCACGGCGUUCCUCUCGCCACAGCCGACUGGGAGUCAAAUUUAAUGCGCACACAGAGGAAUCGAGUGAAACCAAUGAAUGAACUCACACAGCAGAGUUUUGGGAGUUUUUUCGGACGUGUCUAAAUCAUGGAGGGACUCUUUUCAAGUCCUCUCCAGGCCAAAUCGCAUGGUUAAAAGCAGAUAAACCACAGAGCACUUAUGUGGGGUUAGAUUUUGGCUUUUCGAGUUUUCGUUCUUACACCGUUUUCUUCCCCCGGGGAGUUCGAGGUUUCAUAAUAGGUUCUGAAUACACACUGUACUUGCUGUACAAGUAAAAACUGCAGGGGUUGACCAAAGAUGCUUCUUAUUCAUGGUCAUCAAAAGUGGUUCAUUAUUAUUAUUAUUAUUAGUAAUAUUAUUAUUUGUGGAUUAAACUAAAUCUAAUUUUUCUAAAUAUUAAUGCCGAAAAUUGACACCAGGUGUCGCUGUUCUUUCACUAGUUGUUACAGGCGUGAAGAACACGCAACAGCGUCACCUGAGCUAGUACAGUGUAAUAUACCAGUCAGGCACAUUGGAUUGAUUUUUGCCAAGUUUGAAGUGAUAAACAAUAAUAGCACAACACACUUAAUAGAGAUCGUUUCCAGGACAAUGCACAUCAGAGGAGUAAAGCUCAUGCAGUGCAGGUAAUCCCCCCCCCCCCCCACGUGUGACUGUCAUUCGCUAGAGGCCACUACUUGUAAUACGUCGAUUGGCCUUCACAGCAAAUGAAUGUGACUCAUUUUAUGGCGUUGAGUAAUCCUCAAACAUCCCUAUUUCGUAUUGGUAAAUAUCGCAAUAAUGAUUAACAGUGUCACUGAGAUUUGGCAGCACCUGCUGUCACAACGCUGCUGUCUUUGGAUGCCGUUAGUCAUCUUCUGGUGGAAAAUGUAUUCUGUGAAAUUCUGAAAAUGAGGAGACUGGGGGUCAUUGAUUGGGCGAUUCAGGUGUACCAGCUUUGUUUUAUAGUAUGAACCAGUGAAAUUGUACAUGUUGACGGUCAGGUGUGGAUCUGUAAAAAAAAAAAAAAAGAAAGAAAAAAAAAAGUUUGCCAGAUGUCAUCUUCAUUAGCCGUUUUAUCAGAUUUGAAAAUAAGGCGAGCACUGAUAACAGCUCACCAGGAGGACCUGCGAGUCUUCCGAGUUCCUCCACAUCAUUAAUGAUGUGUGUGACUUAUUUGUGUGACCGUUAUGCUUUUGCUGACAUAGUGCGACAUUCCAUCGAAAUGUUAAAGGCUGCGAUGUUACGUGGAGUCGAUUCGCAAUCACUAACACUAAUGUGGGCUGAACUGGGUGAAACGAGACUUGAUGUGUUUGUGUUUUUCAUUUGAUAAAUGUGCUGCGUUCAAAGUUAGUGUUACCCGCCCGAUUCGUUGCGUCCCAUGUGGCCACAGCGCUGCGGGGCCAACGUCGGCGCAUGCGCUCCUCCGAGCGGACAACUACGCUUGUGUAGUGUCCACGAGCGAGUAGAAUUGAGGCCUUAUGGGGACGGUUCACUGAAUCAUCACUGCGUCUGUUUGUCUACAUCGCAGACGCAGGGGAUUUAGGCUCUGACCCUCAUGCCUUUGGUUUGGUUGACAGUGACCUACUGUCUUGUCGCGGUCAACAUAUCACUUUAAACAGAAUCAGAAUUAGUCAACGCAUCACACUCAAAAGAUAAAGUUCAGUUUAGUGAGAUGUUGUAUAAUGACAUUUAUUAUUAUUAUUAUUAUUAUUAUUAUUAUUAUUAUUAUUAUAUUGUAGCUCGGAAUACAAGAGGCAAUCAUGGGACUUGACACAGAAGUGAGACAGCUGCUGGCUCGGGAGGGCAGCAUCGGUAACCAGAAUAACUAUGACCUGGGAACUAACAUUUGCUUGAGGAGAACGAACAUGAUUGAAUGAACUGUUUUUUACCAUUUCUUAACAUGGGUUGAUUGAUUUUGGCGUGUGUGUGUGUUUUUUUUAAAGCCAUCUGGGAAUAGGGCAGGGUCUUGGACUCGAAUGUGCCAGUUACCGCACCAUUUCCCCCCCAAAAGCUGCUGAUUUCACUGAAAAAUGGUCAAUGUUCUGCUACCAGAUAUGAUUAAAGCUCACCCCGGUCAAAAAGGGACGAAUUUCUUUGAAUGUCCAGCCUCACGCGUCUUUGUGUUAAAAACAUGGCCGCAACGCACAUGCUGCAAGUCCACGGCCACUGAGGUGAACGUCACUCUCUUGUCCCGCAUCUUGUCAGAGAAAACCUUCAUUUUUUUUCUACAGUGAAAUCAUUUUGUGGUUAUUUUGAGGGUUUUUUUAGUCGAUGCUCAAAAACAGCUUUCUCACAAUUUGCAUAUGCAUAUUUCUGUGUAUUACUUUUACUACUUGAAGAUGCCACCUUUCAUUGAAUAAAAUGGUGACGUACACUAUGUUGAUCACAA